UGGCCGCGCGGUCUGCACAGGACCAGCUCCGCGGAGCCCAGCGGCCGGCCACCGGACUUCACGCCAAGCCAAGCGGGCGCGCGUCCCGCUGACCCGCGCGCCGGAAGUGACGUCGACGCGCGGCGCACUCCCGCCUUGCCUUUCGUCGCCGUCCUGUGGCGGGAACCGAAGCAGCCGGGGACGGCGGCGACUGAGAAGAAACCAUGCAGGCUUUUCUGAAAGGUGCAUCUGUCAGUACUAAGCCACAGUUGACCAAGGACAGGGGGACACCUGCCACUGCGGGAAGCAGUGGAGAAACCAAGAAAGUCAAACCGGUUCCUUGGGUAGAAAAAUAUCGUCCAAAGUGUGUGGAUGAAGUUGCUUUCCAGGAAGAAGUGGUUGCAGUGCUGAAAAAGUCUUUACAAGGAGCUGAUCUCCCCAAUCUCUUGUUCUAUGGGCCACCUGGAACUGGCAAAACGUCCACAAUUUUGGCAGCAGCUAGAGAACUCUUUGGGCCGGAACUCUUUCGAUUAAGAGUUCUUGAGUUAAAUGCAUCUGAUGAACGUGGAAUACAAGUAAUCCGCGAGAAAGUGAAGAAUUUUGCUCAAUUAACUGUGUCAGGAAGUCGUUCAGAUGGGAAGCCAUGUCCUCCCUUUAAGAUUGUAAUUCUGGAUGAAGCAGAUUCUAUGACCUCAGCUGCUCAGGCAGCUUUAAGACGUACCAUGGAAAAAGAAUCAAAAACCACCAGAUUCUGCCUCAUCUGUAACUAUGUCAGUCGCAUAAUUGAACCCCUCACUUCCAGAUGUUCAAAAUUCCGCUUCAAGCCUCUGUCAGAUAAGAUUCAACAAAAGCGAUUACUGGAUAUUGCUGAGAAGGAAAAUGUCAAAAUUGGCAAUGAGGAAAUAGCCUGUCUUGUUAAAGUAUCAGAAGGAGAUUUACGGAAAGCUAUUACGUUCCUUCAAAGUGCUACUCGACUAACCGGUGGAAAGGAAGUCACGGAAGAUGUGAUCACAGACAUUGCUGGGGUAAUACCAGGUACAACCGUUGAUGGAAUAUUCACCACAUGUCACAGUGGCUCUUUCGACAAACUAGAAGCUGUGGUAAAGGACCUAAUAGAUGAAGGACACGCAGCUACUCAGCUUGUCAAUCAACUUCAUGAUGCAGUUGUAGAGAAUGAAAGCCUUUCUGAUAAACAAAAGUCCAUCAUUACAGAAAAACUCGCUGAAGUGGAUAAGUGCUUAGCAGAUGGUGCAGAUGAACACCUGCAGUUGAUGAGCCUUUGUGCAACUGUGAUGCAGCAGCUUACUCAGAACUGAAGACACCGACUCUUUUGUAUAAAAUUACCAAACCAGCUUUGAAUAAAUGACCAGAUGGCCUGUAAA